AUGGAGCCCAUCAGCGCCAUCCUUAGCCCCAUCCUGGAGAUAGCGCUGAAGGUGUACAAGCUGUGCCAGCAGGUGAAGAGCAAUAAGAAGCGCUGUGCGCGCCUCUCCAAGCGCGUGUCUCUGCUGGUGGAGCUGCUGGAGGCGGCGCGCGAGCAGGACCUGUGUGACGAGACGAGGCUGGUGCGCCGGGCCCUGACGGAGCUGGGCGAGGUGCUGCACACGGCCCGGGAGCUGGCGCAGGCCCACGUGGAGGCCUGCUGGAUCGAGCGCAUGUGGAACGCGGAGGAGAUGGGCCAGCAGUUCGACCCGCUCAACGUGCGCCUCAGCCAGGCCGCCGACACACUGGCCCUGGCCCUGCAGGUGGAGCACAGGGACCGUCUAGAGGAGGUGUACAAUGAGCUGCGUCGGCAAAAGGAGGACGAGGAAGACAGGAGGGCUGACCUGGAAGAAUGGCAGACAAUCAUGCAAACCUUGGCCACAAGCACUAAAGAAGGUGUUGACGCUGUGCGGGAGACUGUUGACAGCACCCAGAGGGACAUCAAUGAUGUGCAGGACAAACUGGAGCAGACACAGAAAGACAUCCACGACAUCAAGGGCAUGCUAGAGACAGAGCUGAGUGAGUUGAUUGACCAGUACAAGGAGUCGGUGCGGAGUGCCUACGGGGUAUUCGAGGAGUACAAUUCCCUGCCCGGGGAGAACCUCCAGUUGGAGGAGCGCUACACGGAGCUGCUGAUUGUCCAGAGGCACCGGCAGCAGAGGGAGCGCGAGGAGGAGAUCCGCUCCCGAGGCCAGGACUUCCAGCGGGUCUACAGUGCCAGGAAGACUCAGGCCUACCGGAGCACCAGUGUGGGCCAGCUCCUGGGGGCUCAGGGCCACGCCGCCGCCCCGAAGGCCGUCAUCCUCCAGGGGAACUCCGGGAGCGGGAAGACCUUCACCACGCGAAAGAUCAUGCUCGACUGGGCUUCGGGAAAGCUCUACGACGGCGUGUUUGAUUUUGUUUUCCGUCUGAAGUGCAAGGAGCUGAACUGCUACUCUGGAGAGAAGAGCAUGGUGGAGAUCCUGAGCACCAGUGAGAAGCUCACGCCGGCCGUCUCGCAGGUGUUGAGGACCGCUCCGGAGAGAGUGCUCGUCAUCGCGGACGGCUUCGACGAGCUCAAGUUCUCCUUGGACGCGGCCUCGGCGUCUCUUCCCACAGACGUGCUCAGUCCAGCUCCCGUGGAGGCGACGUUGAGCGCUCUGUUCAGCGGGAAGGUCCUCUCAGACUCUGCCCUCAUGGUCACCACCCGGUCCACGGCCUCGGACGGCCUCCGGAAGCUGCUCAAGCACCCGCACCACUUCAACGAGAUCCUGGGCUUCUCGGACGACGCCGUGCGCACGUACUUCCGCAGGUACUUCAAAGACGACGAGCGGCUGGCGCGGCGGGCGUUCGAGUGCGUCCGGGCCAACGAGACGCUCUACACGGCCUGCUUCAUCCCCGUCAUCUGCUGGAUCAUAUGCACCGUGCUGAGGGAGAGGCUGGAGGACGGCCAGGACGUGACCUCAGGGCUGGAGACCACCACCGCCAUCUUCGUGCACUUUGUGACCACGCUGCUGGAGCACCACUGCCGAGACCUGCACCGGUCGCCCGAGGUGCUGCUCAGCAGCAUCGGGCGUCUGGCCAAGAACGGGAUCGAGAGGCAGCAGGUCCUGUUCGACGAGCGCAGCGUCUCCGAGGCCGUCUCCGAUCCCGGCAGCGUCCCGUUCCUGUGCAAGUUCCUGAAGAAGAAGAUCGGCCGGCUCCAGACCAUGUUCACCUUCAUGCACCUCAGCUUCCAGGAGUUCUUCGCCGCUCUCCACUACCUGCUGCUGGACGAGGCCGAGGCCGAGAGCAAGAUGGACGAACUGCUGCUCUCUGUGGAGGGGCAGGGUGACGGAGCGCGGCAGUCCCACCUGCGCCCUGUAGUCCAGUUCAUCUUUGGCCUGCUGAACAGAGAUGUGGGAGACACCCUCAGCGACGCCUUCUCCAUCGGUUCAUCCGCAGCAGAUGUGCUCCGUGGCCGGCUGGAGCGCUGGAUCCCCCACAUGGUGGAGCUGGAGAAGAGCAACGUCACGCCGGAGGGCAACCUGCAGCUCUUCCUGCUCCACUGCCUCUACGAGCACCACAAGGACGAGUACACCGCCGCCACCAUGGACUUUUGGGGGCGCCUGGACCUCAGCUCCCUGCCCCUCAACAACACAGACUGCUGGGUGCUGCUCUACUGCCUCAGGUGUUGCCCCAUCGUCGGGAGACUCAAGCUCCGGCACAGCAACAUCACGCCCAGCAAGCUGCGCAUGCUACAGCCGGGCCUCAUCAGAUGUGAAAACCUGAAUCUGGAGGUGGAAGCACUGACUGAUUCAGAUGUAGCAGACUUGGCUGGUGCUCUGGGGGAGGGCAAAACCCUGACUCUGUGGACGACAGACAGCCAGCUGUCGGAGAGUGGUGUGGAGAAGGUUCUAUGUGCCCUUGCCAAGCAGACGAGGGUGAAUGCCUAUCUCAGCCUGGGUGUCCUCACAGCAGGAACUCUGAAACACCUGGUCCACUACGUGCAAAAUGCCAAGGGCAGAGCCACUGUUAGAGUGGUCAGAAAUCAAGUAGAGGAGGAAGACUACCUCAGCUGGUACCUCACAGUGAAGACCACCCUAAACAGUAACCGCUUCAGUCUGACCCUUGUGGCCUCGUCCCACUGUGGCUUUGUCCAGUCUGUGAGCGUGGGCCCCAUCUCAGAGCUCUCACUCAGCCUGGACAGAGCAUCUGACCUCUCGUCUUUCCAGUGGACAGAUGUCCUGCAGAGGAGCCACACGCUCUGGCUCACAGAAAAGGAGGCUGAUUUACCUGCGCAUGUGGCUGGCCUGAUGAGCUGCCUGGCGCUGGUGCCGGGGCUGAAGGGAGUGCAGCUGGAGGUCCACCCCAGGAGAGUGCACCCCUGCUGGGCCACGGGGGUGCUGGCACUCAUGCACGCAUGCCCUACUCUGGACAACAUCAAGCUGAGUGGAGGCCAGUUUGCGUACGGUCUGCUGACUGAAGAAAGCCUCGAUCUCCUGCAUGACUCGGAGAAGCGUGGAGACUGUAAACUCGUCAUAAAGGGAGCCAAAUGCACCAAGACCACAGACCAGUGCACAGAGAACAGCCCCCAGGUCUCCUGUAACCAGCGCGUCACCAUCCUGAUCCAGGGCCACUCCUACACAGAAAGCCCCAGGGCUUCCAAGGGCGCCUUCUCCAAUGACCCCAGGAGCCUCGUCCUGCGUAAGCUUGCUCGGACAAUGUCUUGA